CAAAUAAUGAACAACAUUUCUUGAAGUGCCUCAAAUUGGAGACAGGCGGAGUUGAGAUGGCAGGCUCCAAUUUUGCAGUGGUACUGCUGGGCGUUCUGGCGUCAGUUUUGUCGCAGAUCUCAGGAUGCCCGGAUGUUGACCCUACCUUGACCCCAUGGAACCCUGGACACCACCCGAACGCGCAGGUGGUUGUGGGUAGAGGACAGAACUACCUGCUCCAGUCAUCAGCCACUUUUUCCUCACUGGAAGUCAAGGAUGGGGGUAAGGUUGUCUUUGCUGACUUGGGUCAGACAGAAAUAGUCCUGAGAGCACGUGAGGUUACCGUGGGCAGCGAUGGCGGGUUCUACAUCGGCAGUGAGACGUGCCCGUACCAGGGGAGGGCCACGGUGUCCCUGUACGGCCGUAAGGACGACCAGAAGAACAGCAAACAGUUCCUGGUCACGGCGGGUGGGACUCUGGAGAUCCACGGUCAACACAAGCUGGCCUGGACACAGCUUACCCAGACUGUUCCGGCAGGGGGACUUCCUAAGGGUACCUUUGCUUGGGACUCCGCUACCAGUAGUAGGGGCCGUGGAAUGCACGUGAACGUCGUCGAUGAAAUCUCAGGAGCCGUGGUGGACUGGCGAAGUUUCGACACUCACGCCAGCGAAGGCAACAGUCGCAAUCUGGCGUCAUUCAUCGACCAAAUACCGCAGGGGAAAAUCGUGACGCUGCAAACAAAGGACGAGGCAUCAUCAAGACUGGAGGCAACAGCUCGAGAGAAAAUCAGGGCUUUGGGAAGCGUCGAAGUGGAUUCCUUAUCUCGUAGGGAACCCUGGGCCUUUGUCGGUGUGAAGGGAGACCCCAGUCGCGCAGUUGAACGGAGAAUCCCUUAUAUAGACACACAGACCACCGGCACCGCCGCCGUCACAGCGACGUUUGAUGCCUUCUUCGGCUCAUUUGACAUCACUGUCACAAGUGAAUGGCUGGGAGGAAGAGAUCGGUGUACCUUUUCGGUGAAGAGUGCAGGCGGUGACUACGUCCUUAACCUGAAGGAUGACGUGAGCUCCUGGCAGCCCGGGGACCACAUCGUGCUGGCCAGCACGGAUUACAACAUGGAGCAGGCGGAGGAGUUCCGGCUGGUACCGUGUCCGCAGUGCUCCGCCCACCAGGUCAAAAUCAGCGGAGAGGUUCAGUACAACCACUUCGGCGAGGUGUCGGAUGACGUAGACCUGCGGGGAGAGGUUGGUCUGCUGACCAGGAACAUCAAGUUCCAGGGGGAGGUCGAGGACAGCUGCUAUGGGGACAACUUCUGCCAGUUCUUCGACUACGACACGUAUGGAGGGCAUAUGAAGAUUCUAAGAGGUUUCAAAGAUGUCCACCUGUCUGGUGUCGAGUUUACCCGCAUGGGUCAGCAGGUGAACGGCGCGUACCCUGUCCACUUCCACAUGGCGGGGGAUGUGGACGAGGUCGGAGGGUACAGCCGCCCUGCGUACGUCCGUGAGCUGUCCAUUCACCACUGCUUCUCCCGCUGUGUGACCAUCCAUGGGACUAACGGCCUGCUGGUCCAAGACACAGUUGGAUACGACACGCUCGGCCACUGUUACUUCCUGGAGGACGGCGCCGAGCAGCGGAACGUGCUGGACCAUAACCUGGGUCUGGUGACGCGGGCAGGCACGCUGCUGCCCACCGACAGGGACGCCUACAUGUGCCGGCGCAUGAGGGACGAGGUCUACGGGGACUACGUUCCAUCAAACAGCGACUGCGAAGCAGUAGCAACGUUCUGGAUUGCUCAUCCUAACAACAUCCUCACCAACAAUGCGGCAGCCGGAUCUCUGUUUACUGGAAUCUGGUACAUCUUCCACCGUGAACCGACCGGCCUGUCGGCGGGCGCCCUUCCUCGGUACCAAGCCUCGCGGACUCCUCUGGGCCGGUUCUACAACAACAGGGUGCACUCUAAUGGAGAAGACGGAUUUAUGAUAGACGAGGGCGUGAAGACUACGCAGCCAUCUGCAAAUUCACCAGAGGAAUACCUGUCCAGAACCGGCGCACGGUACAAGCCCCAUCAGAACGCCGAUCUCCUGGCGCCCCGCGUGCCGGCCAUGAUCGAGGGUCUCAUAGCGUUCAAGAACAUCGAACACGGGGCCUGGGUCCGGGGAGGCGACAUCUGGUUCAACAAAUGCGCGUUCGUUGACAAUGGAAAAGGACUGACAAUGUCAAGUGAAGGGACGUUCCCUAACGACGAAGGAUCGAGUCAGAAGAUCUGGGACAGCAUCUUUAUCGGGGAGAGUGAGAACGUGGGCACGGCCAGCGGAUCCAGCGACUGGGGAAUGGGAGGGGUCAAGCCGGUACCGAGGAGCUUCCCUAAAUCCACAAGUUUCCCGAUGAGGGGGCUAGAGGUUUACGACGGCCCCACCUUAGCUGAACGCUGCACCUUCAAGAAGUACGCCGCGGCACCGGAGUACAACCGGUGGAGCAGCGCGAUCGGAUUUUUCCUGAACAAUAACUGGCAAACAGCGCCGAAGAACAACCUCACCGAGAUAAAGUUCGAGGAGGUUCAGAGUCGGGUGUUUCUUGGCGGCAGAAACCUGCCCUACUUCCAAGGCUACGACAAAGACGGGGAUAAGACACAGAUAUUUCACGACGAGGAUGGCAGCACCACCGGCUAUCCUGACAGUUUUGUAGUGGGACAGGACAACUUUGUUCUGAGGACUCCAGGGUGUGUAGAGAAGCCGGAGUGGCGAGCCUACAUCUGCAGUGGCAAGUACGCACAGUUAUUCAUCAAGACGAAGCAGCCAAGUAACCUGUUACUGUCGCUUGUCCGUGACGAGUAUCCGGAUCACCCACUUGUCCUGAAAGGUACGAAGUCCGGAGGCAGCACCCAGCAGUACCAGCCUGCCGUGAUGCUGGAGAAAACCUACACCAUCCACUGGAACGGACGGGCGCCGAGAGAGGUCUACAUCUACCCCGUCAACUUCAACAGCGGAGAAUGGCUCCGGCUCGGUCUCUGCUACCCGCGGGGAACCACGUUCCGAGUCAAGUACCAGCUGGAGAGGCGCGUGCCGCACGCCGUCACUCAUGAGGAGGACAUCCGCUCUGUGUCCGGCCUGAACGCCGUCCAGGGAGGCAACGGCAAGAUGUUCUACUUCGAGGAAAGCACAGGCCUGUUCUUCCUGAAAGUCCGUGCUCACUACGACCGGGAAGGGCACAACUACUGUUCACACAUGGGCUGUGAGAGGAUCUUCAUCUCGGCCACCAUGACGAGUGACGCCGUCAGCGACUGUACAGCAGCCGCUUAUCCCAAGUACAGCCUGCCGCCGACAGAGACUGUCCCCAUGCCGAGCUUCCUGAGUCUGGUCAACGACUGCUCUGGCUGUGGGGCUCCGGAGCCAAUCGUCAGUGUCGAUGACAUGAAAUUUCUGGAAGUAACCAUUCAGGCCGCUGGUUGGCAGGAGACACAGCAAGGUCAUAGAGCCUACAUCGAGAUAGACGGAGUCCGGUUUGGUGAUAGCUACCGAGGCUUCCGCGUCAUCAGCGUGGACGCACUGACCGGUGCGGUGCGGCAGGAAAUGACCUUUGACACCCACGGCCAAACCGAAGCUGAUCUGGCAAUGGCCAACUUCAUCCGGAACGACAUUGCUCCAGACUCCAUCGUCCUUGUGGCCACGAGAGAUGAACCCAGUCGCUAUGCCGCAGAGUGCCUAGUUGCACUCAAGGAGAUCGGAGCUCAGGAGCCUGUGGAGACCGGCAAUAGAGGAAACUUCGCCAUGGUUGGGUUUAAGGGCACCGUGUGGCCGACCUGGAUCCAGCAGGUGAACCUGCCGUCCGGCCAGGGUCCGGCACAGAUCUACGCCAGGAUCCCGCUCAUGGCCUGAGGCAUGGCCACAUGAGUCUAAAUAUGAUUCGAAUGAAAGCUUAUCUGCGUUAAUAAAGUCAGUAGUUGUAGAGUUUAAGCUUUGUU